AUGCACACAUCUCCCGAAGGUUUCCAAUCGUCAAGAGACAUGCCGCCUGCAAAACGCCUCAAAACGUCACCGUCUGACACGACGAAGUCGCCAGUGUCAGUGAAAAGUCAACAGCUGGACCAAACACCAAGAUCUAUUUCAGCUUCUCAUGAAGAUGAGUCAAAGUCGAAAGCUAGCUACGAAGAUGACUUUGAUCCAGCUCUGCUCGACGAGGAAGAAGUCCCAAAUAUAGCUCAAGGCAUACCUGCACCACAGCCGAACCCGCGCCCAGCGAAUAUAGGAGGCUACAACGCUCUAAAAUCAUUCAAUGGCCAGAUGUACUCCGGCAUGGCCGUAGGCGGAUCACACACCUGGAACUACGACCCAGGAAUUUGGCGAGAGACCAAGACCGAGCCAGACCUAUGGAAGAUCGACUACGAGACGAAGAAGCGACGCGCAAAGAACGCGCCAACAGGGAGUGGUGCUUCAGUAGGGACGGAAUAUCACUGGCUUGUCGUAGCGCAUCAGUAUGUCAAGAAAAUAGACGCCAACACCUAUGAAACACAUCUUGUAGGCUCCAAAUACAAGCUCGCACACAAAGGUGCGGGUAGUAAUUCCUGGUCAAUCAACACAGUCAAGGCACAGAGGGAGCAUGAGAUUGAGCUUCUCGAGGACGCGAAACGUCGCGUUCAGGGUCUUCCGCCUGUUUUGUCUGGAGAGAAAGUUAAAGCUGCUAGUCGUGAGAAGGGACAGCAGAAACUCGAUAGUUUGUUUGUGAAGUCUCCGAAUAAGAAGGAAAAGUCUGUUGAUAGCGGACAGAAGAGGAAGAGGGAGGAAGUGAGCGAUGAGGUGAAGGAGAAUACGAAUAUGAAUAUUUCUGUAGGUGGUGAUGAAGGAUAA